CGGCUGUUUUCAGUGUGCGCCGCAAUGAAAAUCUGCUAAAAAGCUAAAUAUAAAAAUCAGCGCAGCGCUCGGUCGUCUGUCGUUGCAUUGUUUUGUAAGUGCAGUCUGUGCAUAGCGAGAAACCAUCGCUGUCUGGUAAAAAACUAUGUGAAGAACGAAGUAUUCAGUUUGUGUAUGUGUAUGUACAUUGUUUUUGUAUGUGUAUUGGGCACACCACUGAGACUGGAAAACGCAUAUUAUAAAUGAAAACGCUUGAAAUGUGUAAGUCUGACACAAAAAAUACGAAACUUGGUUGUAUUUGCACACAAGUUGAUAAAGUUUACGUUUUCUUUGCCAUUUCGUUCUGCCUACACACCCCCACCAUCAAUGCUUUGUAGACAACGGCAGCGAGUUUCUCCACCUCCUCCCACUUGUGAUUGUGCAGGGUGCGCAUUGAAGGGUGUUUGUGUGCGUGCAAGAUAAAGACUUGAGUUCAAAGGCAAUAUAUAUUGAAUGUACAUACAUAUGUAUAAGUCUGUAUGUAUGUUUGUUUGGACUAAAUGUCAACGCGUAAUAUGCACACACAUUAAUAACGCACAAAAGGUCAAAAGUUAAAUUGAACAGAGGACCCAAAGCGUCGCAAUGUUGUAAGGCAUGCUUUAGCAGUAUAAGAGCGCAAGCGAAAGCGUAUGUAACAAAGAGCAAAAGGCACAAAGUCGAAACGACAGCCGGGUGAAAAGUACGACAAAACAAAAGACUGCUUAAAGCUAAACAAAUAGCAAUCGCAACAAUAAAGAAAAGCUACAAACAUGUCGGCAGCGGAGCUAGAAGCUGAGAGCUCCGCACAGGAGCAACAUACGCAACAACAACAGCAGCAACAACAACAGCAGCAGCAGCAGCAACAACAACACACAAGCAAUAAUAGCACUGCCAGUGAUGCUGAAGCUUCAAGCUACGAUAUGGAGCUAAACGAAACGAUUGAGACUUUGACAACAAACAACAACUACAACAAUAAUAUGGAUCAACAACAAGCACAAAUGCAACAACAACAAGAUCAGGCUGAACUGGGUCUGGGCAUGACACUAAUGCAAUCAUCGCCACCACCACACAGUUACCGACACUCGCGUGCUUAUCGUCACUUUAAGAACCCGCCGCAGCCGCACAUGUGCAUACGCACCACCACAGAGACGGGCGAGGAGCUGUUCAUCAAUGUGCUCAGCUGGACACGCAUUGUUAUACCACAAGAGCCCAGUGAUCCCAUACCCCUAUAUGGUGGCAUGCGCGUGCCACCUGGCAGUCCGCGCAGUCCACCGAUUGUCUUUGCUGUCAUGGCUAAUCCAGAGGUGCUCAAGGACUCUGGACGUCAUAGUAAGGAUCCAGAGGAGCGACGCGCCAUGGUAGAGCUCAUGUGUGACUUUGUCGAGGCUAUGAAUCCAGGCGUAAAAUUAGUCAGAAACGCCGUUAUACUCAAGGAUCGUGACAUUUCGGGCGAGCUUAAAGACGUUUGGAAUGCGGUGCAGGCGCAACGUGAUCGUGAGCGCGAGGAGCAAAUGCUGCAGCAGCGCCAGCAGCAACAUUAUCAAAAUAUAACGACACAACAAAUGUUUCCCAAGUCGCCAGACGCAGUGCGCGCCGGCAGUUCUGGACAAUCAGCAGCUGAGCUGGGCUUACCGCCAGCUUACAAUGCGGAUCUAAUGUCGUCGGAUCAACAUGCUAAUGGCAUCACAUUGGCGGUGUUUGCUCAACAGCUAGACAACAAGGUGGCCAACGAACAGCUGGAGGAACAGCAGCCACAGCAACUAGAGCAAACAGCAGAAGGCCAAGAGCCAGCGCCAGCUGAAGUAAGCAGCGAUCAGACAGAUGCAGCUGUUGCCAUAAAUGGCACGGACAAUACCGAGUCUGCUGCUGAGCCUCAGGCAUCAGAAGCAGAAGACAAAUCAGCUGGCAGCAAUGGUGUUGUUAGCACAGCAGCCACACCCACGAUCAUGCCCAUACCCAACAAUACGCCCACUGCCAGUAACAAUACAGUGCCCACUGCCACGCCUAUAGCAACAGCAACAGCUACACCUACACCCACACCCACACCCACCCCCAGUCCAGCAGCGCCAGUUAAGAAAGAAAAGCUUGGUGGCUUCUUGCCCAACGGUUGCAUUUUCCCGCGUUUCAAAAACAACAAGCACAAGGAUAAAGACAACAAUCACAAGGAGACCAAAAGUAAAGAGAAAACGCUGCUCAAUGCGCUCAAGAAGAGCAAGGAGAAGAAGGUGGCGCCCAGUGAGCAAGCGACCAGCACCGACAACGGCACCACGCAAUACGAAAAGAACUGCAUCAACAAUCUGGAGUGUGAAGUGCAGAAGCUCGAUCUGAAUAGCAGCAACAAUGACAACAACAUGUUCAUCAAGCUCAAGGUGGCGCCCAGCGGUACGCCAGCAGCUGCUGCAGCGGCAGCCAAGUAAAUAAGCAGAGAAAACAAGCAAAUAUAAUUAAAGCAAGCUUUGGUAAGUAGGGCGUAGGCAGCAGAAGUAAAAGAGAACCCAAAACUAGCACUUCACUAGCACCUAGGCGUACAUAAACUCGUGAGCGUUUAGUAUAUACAAGAUUUACAUAUA